UUCAACAGAUCAAUUCUUCCGUACCUUCUUUUACUGUAUUAGAUCUUGUUCUUCUUUCCCAAUUGGAUAUAGUUGAACGGGAAAGCACUUAUUGCACCCGUUCCUAUGGCCUCUCAAUCAAAAGGCUUUAGAAGUUCUUUCCAACAAAAGCAAUGACAUAAUUAGGUGGAUGGCUAGGUGUUGUCUUUUGAGGGGGAAAAGAGAUUCGAUAAAGUUACAAAGAUGGAAGAAGUCAGUAAUAUGCGAACUUGUCAACUGCGUGAAUGGAGCUAUUGAAUUAGAUGCCCCAUUAGUGUGUAGUAAUCCACACGAAAAUUUUACUGUUGCGGACCGACAUCCGGCCAUUUGGGCUCUAUAUAUAGUAGGAUCGACCUCAGAUCAGAAGAAUAACAUGAAUUGAAAGCAGAAAAAGGUGCUAAGAUUUCAGUCAUCAUGGUAGCCAAAAAAACAAUCUUCUUUCUAUUAUUUCUCUUCGCCGGACAUUAUUCUGGCUCUUGUGUUCUUCUUCCAAACAACAACUCUUCAACUUCGGAUCUACUUUGGAAGGGUGGAGCCAUAAAUGAGAAAAGCAAGCUAUCGAGUGGGGGCUUUAGAGGAAUUGGAUCCCGAGGCCGCGGGAGAUCAUCUUUCCCUCGUGCGUCGCCGGCCUUAAGUGCCGGAAGUUCCAGCCGCAACUCUCAUCGCAAUGCCGCCGCUGGCAAGAAUCACGCGCCAUUAUAUACGACAGCCCUCUUGUAUGGAGCUACUCUUUUUGUAUUUCUGGCUUGAAUCGAACCAGUUUAAUUUGCUAAACCCUUUUUGUUUUAUUUUCUUGUUGUUAUUGUACAUUUCAUUACAAACAAAAUAUCCCACGAUAUUUUGAGAGUAAUAACGGUAACAGAUACUAGUAUGAAUUUUUUUUUCCGAAGAGUAAUUACUCAUGUCUAAAAAAUAUACUACUGUAUGAAUUUUUCUAGUGGACUAUUGUGACAUUGAUAAAAUGCAAAUCAACUCGAGGCUCUCUUUAGAGAGUUGAUCAAGUUAUAUUCAUAACUUGGUUGAUCAAAC